CUUCAGCCACAGCUGCAGAUGUGGGGAACAACGCACGACUGUCCUUCGGGGGAUGUAUAAAAGAGGGACUUGUCCAUUGCAUCCGUCCAAGCGUCGAAGAACCAACUACAACCAACAGCAUUGACAUCAAGUCACAUCUCGGAAAUGGUUUAUACCGGACUAUUCACAUUACUGGUCACCAUCCUGGGCUUCCAAGUUGUCAGCGGAUUCCCCCAUAUCCACUGGCAACGACAGAACCAGGAUCCUUCAAACGACGGUCAAGAUCCAUCAGUACCCGGCAGCGGCCUCACCUUCGACCAGCCCAACGAAAUCGAUCCCCAGUCGCAAACCGCGAACGUCGCAACCCGGUGCGACCCAACCGUAGAUGUUUAUGCCUGUGACAACAGACUCUUCAUGCGCUGCGGCCAGAAAAGUGGCCGCUGGAUUCCCAAAGAGACUUGCAAAGGCCUGUGUCUGGAAGAUAAUAAGAUCCGCCCACAAUGCUACUGCAACCAAGGCGGAAACGGCGUAGACUGCCCUCCUCCGCCGACCUCGACGCAAGACUUCUUUACGCGAUCAUGGGACAUUUUCGGAACACGGGCCUCGUAUGAGACUGUCACCGCAACCACCACUACGACAGAAGAGGCACCCACUACGUCAGAGGAAGCGACCACUACGGCGACCGACUGGGGUUGGGAUGACGAAUUCCCUGCGCCCACUUUUGGGCUAGGCGACGAUGGGCAGGGUCCAACCGUUACCCGGGUUUUGAACACGGAAGCCGUGCCUGAAGCGACAGAGACCGGAGGUGCUGGUGUGCAGAUUGGACUAGCUGGGGCCAAGUGUCCCAGAAUCAAUGACGUUUUCUGCGACUCGUCGGUACUUCUCGUGUGUUCCAAGCUAAAUGUCUGGACCACCGUUGGCUACUGCGACUGCUCUCUGGAAAUAUGGGCUGGUGCUUGCCCUUGAAUAGCAUAGUGGUGAAUCCUGAGAUGAAUACAAAAAGGAUGGGACGUUGAUGAACCUCAUUUUGCAGGACUCCCUGCUCUUCAUGUAAAAGUGUAAAGUCAAUGGUAAAAGUACUGUAUAUUACAAUUGCGAAGC